AUGUGCAAUAAAAGUGCAAUAUCUCUAGUAAUAUUAUGCCUGAGUUUGGAUUUCGCCUAUACGGUGCAUAUCAAACACUUAAGGUCCCAUGAUUUUUCUGCUAGCACCGAUUGGGACUAUUUGAUUUUUACACAGCAUUGGCCUACAACUGUAUGCAAAGACUGGACGCACAAAAAACCAAAUCACAGCUGCUCUUAUCCUAAAAAACACAAUGCGUGGACUAUCCAUGGAAUUUGGCCUACGAAGAUAGGUACGAGAGGCCCUGAAAAUUGUAAUAGCACAUGGCUGUUUGAUCCGGAACAAGUUAAACCAAUUGAAACCGACUUGGAAGAAACUUGGAUUAAUAUUGAAAAAGGUACUGCCCUCUAUAGCCUUUGGGCACACGAAUGGAACAAGCAUGGCACAUGUGCAGCUGCAAUACCACCAUUCAGCAACGAGUUCAAAUACUUUAGCAAAGGUCUAGAAUUAAUAAAACAAUACCCUAUGCACGAUAUCCUAAGUGGAGCGAACAUAUUCCCUUCAGAUACAAAACCAGUCACAAUAGAAGAAAUUGACAGAGCCAUUGUAUCCAAAAUUGGGAAAAAACCAAUGAUACAGUGUAAAUAUGAAGACCACAUUCAAUAUUUAUUUGAACUACGUAUAUGCUUCGACAAACAAUUGAAUCUAAUUGACUGUUCAGACAAUUCUUAUCAACUUGGCGGGAUUAUCACAAAUUGUAAUAUGAAUGCUGAGAUUUUUUACCCUGAUCAGCAUCAGGCGACAAGAGGUUUAGUACAAUUAUAUAAGUUUAUAAAUUGGUUGCAGUGGUUUACAUUAUAA